CGUGGAAAUCGUUUUCGUCAAGAAUCACUUUCCAUCGCUAUUUGUUCGAAAAAGUCCUUAAAACUCCACGAUUUUGUCUCCAAAUUAUGAUAAAAUUGUGAAUUGCGAGACGAGGAUACCAAUAAAACUAUACGAACGACUGCAUCAAAAAGCAAGACAGAGAGGAUGAAUCCGCCGCAACCAAACUUUUACAAUCCGCAACAACAGCAACAAAGUUGGGGAGCUCCUCCACCAAUGACAUCAGCUGCAGGUCAAGUACCUUUUCAGAAUGGAAAUCAAAAUGGGGCAAAUUUCAUGACCCAACAAAUGGCUGGAAUGAAUUUAAAUGGACCGCCAGCACAAUCGCCUGGACAAUUUCCGCCUCCAAUGAAUAAUGCGGGAGGUCCUCCGCCACCCAUGAAUGCAGGACCGCCAAAACAAAUGCCUCCAAUGGGCUUUCAAGCGCCUCCGCCAAUGUCGGCGAAUCAACAACAAGCACCUGCUCCUCCCCAACAAACUGCCCCGAUGCCGCCAAUGGCAAAUCAACAGAAAGUUGCGCCUCCCCCAAUGGCAAACAAUAAUUUUCCGGCACCAGCAACUGGCGCGAUGCCUCCAAGUAAUAAUUUUAACAAUAAUUUGCCGCCUUCUGGACCGCCACCAAUGAAUUCAAGACCUCCUCCAGCAGUCAAUGGAGCCAGUUCACCUCCGUCAAUGAAUCAAAAUCAAUUUUCACCGCCGCCGCAACAACAAACGGCGAUGGGAGGACAACAGGCAACGAUGAGCCCUCCGCCGGCGAUGGGAAGUCAACCUCCUUCGAUGGGAAAUUUGCCGCCGCCGAUGGGAAAUCAAUCGCCGAUGACGAAUCAAGGUCCUCCAAUGGGAAAUUUACCUCCUCCGAUGGGAAAUCAAGCUCCCCCGAUGGGAAAUCAAGCUCCCCCGAUGGGAAAUCAAGCUCCCCCGAUGGGAAAUCAGCCACCUUCGAUGGGAAAUUUGCCUCCACCGAUGGGAAAUCAAUCGCCGAUGACGAAUCAAGCUCCUCCAAUGGGAAAUCAAGCUGGUCAACCUCCAAUGGGCAAUGCAAUGAUGGGAAAACCUCCAAUGGCGAGUCAACCCCCGAUGGCAAAUCAACAACAGCCUCCAAUGGGACAACCACCAAUGCCAGGAAAGCCUCCGAUGAUGAAUCAACAGCCCCCGAUGAUGGGUCAACAGCCUCCAAUGCCGGGACAACAGCCUCCAAUGCCCGGACAACCGCAAAUGAUGAGUCCCCCGAUGUCAAAUCAACAUCCCCCGAUGCCAGGACAACCUCCAAUGAUGGCUCAACAACCAGGAAUGUAUCCAAAUCAACCCCCAAUGUCGCAAUAUCCUCCCAUGCCCGGAGCUCAACCACCAUUCCAACAGCAAAACGCCUACAAUCAGCCGCAACAACAAAUGUAUCCGGGUCAACAGAUGCAAACGCCUCCCUUCCCAGGUCAACAACGCCCCGGACAGAUGCAAUACAACCAAAUGCCUGGGCAGCAAUAUCCCGGAAGUCCCCAAUAUCCCCAACAACCAGCUCAACCGCAACGACGUCUCGAUCCCGAUCAAAUGCCGAAUCCCAUUCAAGUCAUGAGCGAGAAUCAGCGCACGGCUGGCGGUGUCUUUUCGACAAAUCAAGCAGGACUCGUUCCUCCAUUGGUGACAACGAAGUUCGUGACGCAAGAUCAAGGGCAGUCAGGUCCGCGUUACAUUCGUUCGACAAUGUACAAUGUUCCCGUCAACUCGGAUAUGAUGAAACAAGCUGCAGUUCCGUUUUCGUUGAUCAUCUCGCCCUUGGCGAAGACCGUGGAGAACGAAUAUCCGCCACCAAUUGUCGAUUUUGGCGAAAUUGGUCCCAUUAGGUGUAUUCGGUGCAAGGCUUAUAUGUGCCCGAAUAUGCAGUUUAUCGAUGCGGGACGUAGAUUCCAGUGUUUGUUGUGCAAGGCAACGACGGAAGUUCCCGCGGAAUAUUUCCAGCAUUUGGAUCACACGGGACAACGUGUCGAUAAGUACGAGAGACCCGAAUUGGUGUUGGGAACUUAUGAGUUUGUCGCUACGAAGGAUUAUUGUCGGAACAACACUCCGCCAAAUCCUCCAGCAAUUGUGUUUGUCAUCGAUGUUUCGUAUAACAACAUCAAAUCCGGACUUGUUCAUCUCUUGUGCAGUCAAAUGAAGGAAAUUGUCAGGAAUUUGCCCAAAGAUCAAGGUUACGACAAAUCCGUGAUGAAAGUUGGAUUUAUCACGUAUAACAAUACUGUUCACUUUUACAACAUCAAGAGCUCAUUGGCGCAACCCCAGAUGAUGGUUGUUGGUGAUUUGCAAGAAAUGUUCAUGCCAUUAUUGGAUGGAUUCUUAUGCGAUCCCGAAGAAUCGAGCGCCGUCAUUGACGCUCUCAUGGAACAAAUUCCCAAAAUGUUCGCCGAAACACGCGAAACAGAAACAAUUUUGUUGCCUGCAAUUCAAGCGGGCUUGGAGGCAUUAAAAGCUUCCGAAACUACAGGAAAACUUCUUAUAUUCCAUUCAACGUUGCCCGUUGCCGAAGCACCAGGCAAGUUGAAAAAUCGUGAUGACCGCAAAUUGCUUGGAACUGAAAAGGAGAAGACUGUUCUCACUCCUCAAUGCACCGUUUACAAUAACGUGGGACAAGAUUGCGUUCAAGCAGGCUGCUCGGUGGAUCUGUUCGUCUUCAAUAAUUCCUACAUCGAUUUGGCUACAAUUGGACAAGUUUCGCGUCUCACUGGCGGUGAAAUCUAUAAAUACACAUAUUUCCAGGCUGAUAUCGAUGGUCAACGUUUAAUUCAAGAUAUUAUCAAGAAUGUCUCGAGAAAUGUCGCAUUUGAUGGCGUUAUGCGUGUUCGAACAUCCGCUGGCGUUCGUCCAACUGACUUUUACGGGCAUUUCUUCAUGUCAAAUACGACUGAUAUGGAAAUUGCUGGAAUUGAUUCAUCGAAAUCUAUCGCCAUCGAGAUCAAGCAUGACGAUAAAUUGUCACCCGAUGAGAACGUUUACAUCCAAGUUGCCCUUCUCUACACAUCGUGCAGCGGUCAGCGUCGUCUCCGCAUUCUAAAUUUGAGUCUGAAAUCGUGUACGCAGCUCGCCGACUUGUUCCGCAGCUGCGAUCUCGACACCACGAUCUUGUUCCUCGCGAAACAGGGACUCUUCAAGUUGCUCGAGAACACACCGCGUCAAAUUAAGGAUGCCCUGGUGCAACGUGCGGCGCAAAUUCUCGCCUGUUACCGCAAAAACUGUGCAACGCCAUCAUCCGCGGGUCAACUCAUUCUGCCGGAAUGCAUGAAGCUGUUGCCAUUGUAUAUUAAUUGCUUGCUAAAGAACGACGCCUUCUCCGGUGGCUCGGACAUCACACUCGACGACAGAUCGUACGCCAUUUAUUUCGUUCUCUCUAUGGAUCUGCCAAUUUCCGUGGCGUUCUUCUAUCCGCGUUUGAUACCCAUUCACGACGUCGAUACCGACACGGACGACAUUCCGGAUGCCAUUCGGUGUACGGGCGAGAAAAUUUUGGACGAUGGCGCUUACAUACUCGAAAAUGGCGUUUACAUGUUCUUGUGGCUUGGGUUGGCGUUGUCGCCGGAAUUUACGCAGCAAGUUUUCGGAGUGCCGUCCGCACAACAAAUUGACACGACAAGGAAUGUGUUGCCGGUGUUGGACACGAAAUUGUCGCAUCGUGUCAGAGGCAUCGUUGAUCGGAUACAGAAUGAACAUAAUCGAUGCAUGAGGUUAACAAUCGUUCUCCAACGUGACAAAUUAGAAAAUGUGUUGCGUCACUUCUUGGUUGAAGAUCGUGGUUCUGAUGGAUCUGCCAGCUAUGUUGACUUUUUGUGUCACAUGCAUAAGGAAAUAAGAGCACUUUUACCUUCCUAGCCACAAACUGAACGCUGGGUACCGCCACCAAUAAACAACAAUCGCGGCAAUGGCAGUGGCGUCGACAACAGAAGUAUAUCUCAAAAACAAUUUCAUCGAAAUCGGUAUCGAAAGGCUUUGUCUGGCAAGUGGUAACAGUUGUAUGGGAAGUGAAAACUUGUGUAUUAAAAAAAAUAAAUAAACAAAUAAAAUAUUAAAAAUUAUAUAAAUAUAUCGCUAAAUACUACAUACAUAAAGAAAACACAUUAGGGUACUUUUUCUAAUAAAAAAUAAAAAAAAAUAAUUAAUUAAAAAAAAUCAAUUGUUACAAGUAGCAGGAAGAAAUUUUAGAAAUAUGAAUUAAGAAGGAAGCUUAUAAAAAUGUUCCAAUGCAAUUGACAGAAAAAUCUUUAUAUAUUUUUUUUUGAAAUGAGUUUUUAUUUUUUUAUUAUUUCUAAUAUUACUCUAUUAAAUAUUACAAUUAUAUGUUGUUGUGGUAAUUUUACGUACACUUUAGUAAUGAUGAUAGUUGAUAAUAAUACAAAUAAAUUUUUGUUUUUUCCAUAUAUCAAUAUAUAUUUUUUCAUAUAUUUUAAUGAAAAAAAAAAUGUUAAAAUUCCUUUAACUUUUUGUGUUUGGC